AUAUAGCUAAGCAGGGGGGAUCAACGACUUCCGCGCGAUCGUCAGUUAUUUUCUUAAAAUUAAAAAAAUUAGGGGGAAAUACGAGAGGAAACGGACGGAGGACAAGAGACAAGGUUGAGGCGUUGAGAGAUGAAUCCGAAUUCUUCAAAUCUACUCGAAAUCCUGCGGAGAUUCCAAUGGGGUUUGUUGAUUACCCUCUGCAUGAUGUAGAUGGGGGUCCCCCUUUGCCCCAACAUCAAGGGCAAGGUUUCAGCGUCUUGGGAAGAAUGAGUUGCAGUCGAGAAAAUUUUGACGAAAUCAGCCCUCAAGGUGCUCUAAAAAGGCUUGAAAGCUUUAUGAAGCAAGCGGGUAACGGUUCUUGUGCUGAUUGUGGGGCCUCAUAUCCUAAAUGGGUGUAUGCAUCUCAAAACAGACUCUUAUUUCAGCAGCACACUUGCUUUGCCUGUGCAGUCGUUGUUACUACUACUACUACUACUACUACUACUACUACUACCGCCCUUUGCCUGCUUUGAAUUUUCUUUUUAGUUAAGGGAGUUUUGGAGAGAGGAGGCAUGGAUUAUUGGCUUUCUUGGAGUUAAUUUGAAGCAUACAUGCAAAUGUCGAUGAUGUUAUUUCUUUACAUGAAUAAUGCUGAACCCAUGUUCCGUAAUACUGAAAAAAUAUGCAUCUUAUUAUCCGAUGCUCUUAUGCAUAGGUCUGUUCCGUUUUGAAGACAUUGACCAGUAAAACCAAUUUUAUCUUGGAA